AAAAUGGAUUUUAUUUCAUUCUCGAAAAGAUAUGCAUCCACUUUAAAUGUGUACGCUUAAUUGAAUGCAUUUGGUAUCGUUCAUGCAUACUCAUUAACAAUCUAUAGUGCACCAAUUACUUCACCACUUAAUUAACAUUCCGGAUAUUUUACCUGUUCAAUGUAUAUUCAAUUGCAUACAUGAGAGCGUGUUUAAAGAGUGUCAGACUGAAACGUGUGUGAACGUGCUCCAUAUACGCCGACUGAUAAAAGAAAACACCGAAGCAAAUAGUUCAUACUUAAUCUACCCUAUGUCUGAUAUAAGAAAAGAAAAAAUACAGACGUUAAUAUCAGUGUUACAAAAUAAACAAGGACGAAAUCCAACAGAAAAUAAACAAGUUGGAUAAAUUCAAGUUAUGUCGCAUACUGCCAACUGUUAACGUUUUCUAUUAGAAUGUUAAAGUUUUAUGGGAUAAUUUGGCAUUUCAAUUCACCUGUGUACCUAGAUAACGUUGACAUAUCUAGAGCUGUUUGCUGAUUUACAGACUAAUAAAGGAAUGUAACAUUAAAGAAUGUCUGUAGACAAAGAAAACACGAAGUAUGACGUGGACAGGGGACAAGCCUGGGUUGUUCUCGUUGCAGUGUACUCGCUUGUUAUAUUUCACUGUACUACGCUAUAUAUGAAUGGUCUGUACUUAGCGGUUCUUGCUGAACAUAACCAUGAUGGCCUUACCAAAAUAUCGAUGAUCGGAGCCUUGAACUCGGCACUUCUAUGUCUACUAGGUCCAGUCGUAUCAGUAUUUAUGGAUAUAUACAGCUGCAGGACUUGUAUAGUGUUUGGUGGAUUUCUUCUGAGUAUCUCAUAUUUCACCAGUUUCUUUAUCAAAAGCAUCAACGUUUAUAUUUUCACAAUAGGAAUUAUCGGUGGUACUGGAAAUUCUUUUGCGGCCAUACCACAAUCUGUAAUAUUGUCAUACCACUUUGAGAAAUGCAGGAAUUUAAUACUGUCUUUCAAAGAAGUUCUUAUCGGAGUUGGGAUAUUCAUUGCCUCUCCGAUUUUACUCUGGUUUCUUGAUAAGUUCGGACUUAAUGGAUCGUUUUUGAUUGUGUGUGGGAUGACCUUACACAUAUGCGUUGGUGGUUUAAUAUGUGCGCCAAAUUCAGAGGAAAGAAAACUAAUGAAAACAAAAUGUAAAAAUCAAACUGAAAACAAUGAAGCAUCAUUUAAGGUAUUUUUACAAAAUGUUAAAUCUAGUGCAAUGCUUAGCCUUAGACUUUUUAAGAAUGGUUCACUGAUCUUAUUUUUGCUGAGCACUUUAGCAUGGAAUUUCGCGUUCUCAGCUUUUUCUCUGUAUUUGCCAAGAUAUAUGUUAACUAAAGGUUUUGGCAAUAUGGCGGUUGUUACAGUAAUGACAGUAUUUGGUCUAUGCAAUACGCUUGGAAGAUUAUGCGCGGCAACUACAGUAGGAAAAGGUGGACUCGACAGCAAUAUUCUUCAUAUAGGAAUGUUAGGCGUUCUUAGUUUAUCUGCAGUUUUAUUUCCACUUUAUGGACGAUGGUCUUCUGCGGGAUUUGUACUCGCUGCAUUAACUGGAGUUUACUCCGGAGGUCCUAAUGCUUUGAUGACUCCAAUCACGAUAAGUCUCGUUGGUAUAGAUAAAUUGUCAAGUGCUCUUGGAUUAGCAUAUUUCUUCUCUGGUGUUGGCGUUUUAACGGGACCACUAUUUCUAGGAGUCAUGUAUAGCUUGACUGGUUCAUAUGAUCAAAGUAUUAUGACCAUAGGUUUCGUAGUUUUGCUGGGAGUUUUCUGCAGUCUAGUGGCAUUCAAUGGUAAAUAUUCAGGGAAAUAUCCAGAAAUAGAAAUUGUCGAGAACAGUAAACUGAUUUGACUGGCCUACAGAAGGAAGAUAAGUGUUAUGGUUUCGGAAGAUUGAUCCUUGCUAAUACAGAGACGCAAAUUAAUGUAUGGCCAGGUCUAUUAGAGGAAAGAAAAAAGCGGCCGACUAAAAAUUACCCUGACCGGUGCAGAUGAACAAAAGUCACUACAAACAAGACAUGCUGUUGAUAAGGCUACAGGAUUUUGAAAACAGACUAGAACCAUAACGUAGAAGACAAAGUGUCCGAAAGAAUGAAUAAUAAUAUAAAGGUGAAUGUGAUGUUGAAUACAUGCAGCGACUUAAGUGCCAUACUAUUUAAUGCCCACUCCGUUGUUCCAAAUUUCUUAAAAUGCUUCAUAAAAAUUGCCGCCUUUCGUACAAUACGUAUGUGCCUUAUAGCAAAUCAAUUCAGUCACAUUGGUAUGACUUCAUUGCAAAUACUCAUAUUCACAUAUGCAUUGAACAUAGGUUUUGGGAACGAGAUUGGCUCCAUUUAAGUACGAAUAUUUGGUUUCACAGCUGUCUAAAUUCACAGACAAAUGCAAACUUUAGAAAUGACUUAAGCAGGCGGUCACACAUGUAGUACUGGUAUAUGUCUGUAAAUGUCUUUUAUUCUGACGUGUAAAUUCAUGUACGUAAGAAAAUCAAUUCUGUGUAGGAUAGAACACAGCUGAGCAAUUUAACAAGCUCGGUUUGAUCGCGUCAGUUCAUGAGAGGUAAAUGAAAAAUGAAAUACAAUUUAUGUCACUAGCACUGAAGAAAUAUAUAUAUAGUAAAUUUAAAUGGACUCAAUGGUCAGAAAUAUAAGUGCAUCAAUCACGCAAAAUGCUUGCCUGACACCAUUUAAAAAGAAAAUGAGCCUUGGUGCACCUUUUAAUACGCCGCCUAUGAUGGUGAUCAUUUAUAUCACUUUCCGAUGAAGCUAGUAAUAAAGAUAUCUAACACUUAAGCUCUUUUAGCAAAAACUAUAGAUUUUACUUGUUUGAAAAAGUUAAAAGUAUUAAACAUAAAACAAUGACCUGGUGACUUGUUUGUGCUAGCUGUCAUUCAAUUUAUGAAAAUCAAGCAGUUAUUUAUUUAUUUAUCUGAUGACGGCCAGAGAAAGACCAGUUUCAAGUAAGAGUUCCCAGACAAUGUAAUUGUAUCACUGAGUUAAGAAUCAUGACAUUGCUUAAAGAUUCAACAAUUAUCUCUGUUUAAAAUUUUCCCUCACUCAUUUCGUUAGGUCCUUUGUUUUCAACACUGAAUUCCUAAUUACCAAUAAAACCCUUCAAGUUGGUAGCAUAGAAUGCAACCAAGCAAAAAAUAGCAGACUCGGUUUGAUUGAGCCUGUUCAUGAUAGGUAAUGGAAAUUCCAAUGGCAAUCGGGCCCCAUACAUGGAUUUAAGAGGAACUGUAUCACUCAGGCAUUGAAUGGACUCCAUGAUCAUAAGGGACCAGAGAAUAUAACAACACUGAAUUAAAGUACUGGGAGAUCCUUCGUUAGCAAAGAAUGCAACUAAAUAAAAUAAUACCAUAUUCGUUUUGACUGAAUCUGUGCGUUAGAAUAACGGAAACUGAAACAUUCCCGGCACCGGCUUAAGCUGAACUUCGUUACAAACUGCAUUAAAUGGACUCUGUGAUCCCAGAGGACAAGAAAAUAGAUCAACACUGAAUCCAAAGUACGGGGAGAUCUUUAUGACCUUUAACGAUUACUGUUGUGGAAGCAUACUCGGUUUAAUUGAAUCUGUUCAUGUAAGUUAAUGGCAACUGCAACUCCACUCACGCCCCACUAGCAGCAAAUUUCUAUUACAAAGGUAUUGAAUGGAUUCCGUGAUCCCUCAGGACCAGAAAAUAUAACAACACAAGUACGGAGAGACCUGUCACAGCCGUCACAUGGCGCAACGAUUGCUGCUUUGAUAGUUAAUAAAAUAUAUAAGCAGAUCCUUUGAUAGCAUAGAAUAAAACCAAGCAAUAUAAUAAUAGACUCGGUUUGGUUAAGUAUGUUCAUGAGAGGUAAUGAAUUGAGCAACACCACUCACGCCCUCCAGCACCAGCUUUAAAGUAACUCUUUGUAGAGCCAUAAAUUACUAUAAAAAUUGAUCAUAUCAUAAUAUGCUAAAAUAUUAAGGACCGUAGCUAUGUUCGGUAAUGUUGUUAUGACUGUACACAUGUUACUAAGCAGUAGGAAAAUUUUCAUCCGAAGGUGUAACGCUUCUGAAAUCUGAGCUGACCGAAACUCCAAUUUAAAAAAUUAAAUGAAAUGUAAAGACUGAUAAUAAAUUCCAAUAAA